AUGUAUUCAUUAUGUUCAUCAUCAUGUUGUCCAAUCAUCACCCUUAUCCAUGGUAUUUCUUGUUUGUUUGGUUUUACUCUGGGAAGCUCUGAGGUUUUCAUAAUUCCUGGGCUCCAGAAAGAGGAGGAAGUGACCGUGAAGAAACGCAGUCUCAAUGUGUUGAAGGCCCUGAAGAAGCUGGAUGUUGACACUGAUAAGGUCCCGGUCAUUGCCUUGCUCUGCUCUGGCGGCGGCCUGCGGGCCCACAUCGCCUGCGUUGGAGUCUUAAGUGAGAUGAAGAGGCACAGCCUAUUGGAUGCUGUCACGUACCUCGCGGGGGUCUCUGGGUCCACUUGGGCACUGUCUUCAUUUUAUGCCAACAAUGGUAACAUGGAAACUAUUGAGGCAGAACUGAAGUAUCGAUUUGACCAGAAGGAGUGGGACCUGGGCAAGAGUCUGGAGAAAACCAUCCAGGCAGCAAGACUGGAGAGUUAUUCCCUGACCGACUUCUGGGCCUACAUGGUCGUCUCCAAGCAAACCAGAGAACUGCAAGACUCCUGUCUGUCCAGCCUGGCGAAGGAUGUGGAAGAAGGGACACUGCCCUACCCAAUAUUUGCAGCCAUUGACGAUGACCUCAAAACCGCCUGGCAGAAGAAAAAGACUCAGAAGACCUGGUUCGAGUUCACCCCUCACCAUGCUGGUUACCCUGCACUCGGUGCCUAUGUCCCCACCAACCUCUUUGGAAGCAAAUUCGAGAAGGGGAAGCUGGUCAGAUCUGAGCCUGAGCGAGACCUGAGCUUCUUGAAAGGUUUAUGGGGAAGUGCUCUUGCUAGAAUUGAAGACAUCAGGGCUCUCAUUUUGGCCCAGUUACUGAGCUUGAAAGAAAAACUGAAACCGAAAUAUCUGUCGGAGAGUACCGCAGAAGGUGUAGGUGUGAUGGAAUCGCUCCUGGAGCUGGUGGUGGCGCACAUCAAGGAUUACAGCGCCAGCCACGUCCAGGAGAAACUACAGGCCCUACAACGGGAGCUGGAUGCUGAAAGCCGAGAUAAAGACGGAGGCGGCAAGCACACCUGGCUGUCUGAGAUGGUCCAGAACUGGGGCAAGAUCUCAGAGGAGGAGCGGGGCCAGUUCAUCGAGUACCUGGUGCAUUGCUUCUCCAGGCAAGGAUGGUGGACUUCCAACAGUGACACGCGUGUAUUCCUGGAUUUGUUCAAGGACUUUGUAAACUUUCUGAACAAAACUGGAAUCUGCUGGUGGAAGUGGGAAUGGGGGACCACUCACAACUUUCUGUACAAACACGGUGACAUCAGAGACAAGGUUAUGAAUGGACGAGAAGUUCUCCACUUGAUAGACGCCGGCCUUGCCAUCAACACCUCCUACCCGCUUGUUCUCCCCCCGAUUCGGGAGGCUGACCUCAUUCUCUCCUUUGACUUCAGUGCAGGGGAUCCUUUUGAGACCAUCAGGGCUACUGCUGAUUACUGCCGCCGCCAUGACAUCCCCUUCCCUCCCGUGAAAGAGGCUGACCUGCAGGAGUGGUCCAGAUCCCCCUCGGACUGCUACAUCUUUAAAGGGGAAACGGGACCUGUUGUGAUGCACUUUCCCUUGUUCAAUACAGAAGCAUGUGGAGAUGAUAUUCAGUCAUGGAUUGACAGCUAUGGCACAAUCAAACUGGCAGACAGCUACACUCAAGAAGUGGUAACACAGCUCCUGGAGUUAUCCAAGAAGAACGUCAGUCAUAACAAGGACAUUAUACUCAGAGAGAUGAGGAACUUGGCGAGGGAGCCCCGGAAGUUUGUAGUGGUCUCCAAGAAGAAAUUGCUGGAGGACAUGGUGGAGGAGCACAUGGAAGUCUCACGAGCCGUGGGGAUCAAGAUCACCAACAACACAGAUGUGACAUUCAAGGACCCGUUGUUUUACUGCCAUAGUGAUCAUACCCAGGCUCCCCCAGCUAUGCUUCCACCAAAGUCUACCAUCAGCUGUUCCUUUGUGAAGAAGACAAGCUCUGCCUUCCAGGGCAAUGUGGGCCUCCUGGUCUACCAAGGUCCAGAAGUCCACCUGGCUCUCUUGUUCUCCACACCCUUCAACUAUGCCCUCCACACUAUUGAGUUCGCCUUGGCUGUCCUAACUGGGCCCAUUACCAGUGACCAGCUGGAGCGUGUCUUUAACAACAUCAUUCAGGAGAAGGAGUCCCCAGAGAUGAAGGUAGUGAAAUGUGCCCUGCGGGUCCCCCAGCAGACCCUGGAUCUGGAACAUGAUUCUCUGACCAUCAGAGCCAUUGUGUCCAAUGUCCAGAUGGCCAAAAUGAAUGUGGUGGUUGAGGCCAAAGCCACUUAA